AUGCGCCUGUGGAAGGCAGUGCAUUUGGGCAAUGCCUUGGCUGCUCUUUCACAGGGGAGCGCCUCAGCAGGAGCAGCAGCAAAUGGGCAGCAGCAGAAGGCGCACGAAGCCGCAGAGCCGCCUCUGUUGGCUGUGGACCCGAGAAAGCUGCGAGGGGAGGAGGAAAUGCGGCGCAUCUUUGGGGCGCGCAUCUUGCGCGAGGAGGAACGGGACAACGCCGGAGGCGGGGUGGUGGGCGCGAACCGGCGCAUGCGGCGUGCAAUAGCGCGGGGCCAGCUGCGACGGCAGCCGCUGAAGCGCGGCAUACUUAUAGCUCCCAAGGACACGUGGCCGCGAUUCGACGGCGGCAUCUCCAUGGAGCUCGCUGGAACCUCGGACGAGGGCGCCCAGAUCUUCAGCUAUACUCACUCCGCUGCCUACCAGGGAGUGCAGGCGCUGUUCGAGGAGUGCCAGGCGACCUUUGACCCCAACAACAUAGUGGGUUUGCUGGGGCAGCACCCCUACCACAUUGACUCCCUCAUGGCUAUGGCCACGGGGCAGCACGAGUAUGCAGAUGAGAUGCUGGAGCGGUGUUUGUAUGCGCUUGAAAUGGCGUGGCACCCAUGGUUCAACCCAGCCAUUGGCAACUGCCGGCUGCCCUUUGCGCAGGAGCAGAACCGGCCGCUCUUCUCCGCCCUCUUCAAGCACAUGCAGGCACGCGCAGCCACCUCCUUCGAGGUGGCCAAGCUCAUCCUUCUACUGGACCCGGACGACCCCAUGGGCGUCAUGCUCUGCGUCGACUACUUUGCCCUUCGCGCGCACAACUAUGCCUGGCUCCAGGUUUGCCUUUCUUCUGGCAAUCCUGGUAGAUAUUGUUGGGUGCAUGCAACUCACCCUCUUUGGACCUGUCUGCACAUCAGAGGCCUGGAUAUGACAUCUUCUCUUUUAAAGAUUGGCAGUGCCCACAUGACCAAGCUUUGUCUUCAAUGUCAUGCAGCCGCUUUACAUUCUUGUUGGAUCCAGGGUACAUUGGAGAAAGGGGUGGGCAACGAUGCGCAGUGGCUGAGCAUCCUGCAGCGGCCGCUGUUUGCCAGGGCCGGUGACGACACCAGUGCCUCCCUCGAACACCUGACCGAUAUCUUUGUCGAGCGCCAGUGGCUGCUUUGGAAGGCGCCGGAUGUGCAGCUGUGGCUGAGGCGCGCAUGCGGGGAUGCGACGGAGGGGUCCCUGGCUGAGUCAGCGGGUGACUACGAGUGCGCGCGCCAGGAGGCGUUCCCUGCCUCGGAUGACAACGCCUACCGCCACCUGCGCGUCAGUGAUUUCUCCGACGCCGUCGCAGCGCUGCCGCCCGAGGAGCUGCAGGCGGCGGUGAUGGGACCGCAGAGGGGCGCGCGGGUGAGGCCGGCAGAUGGGCAGGCCAUAAUGCAGCUGGAGGAAGCCCUUGCAGCCAUGGCGGCAGCCGACCACCAAGCGCGCAAUGUCGGCCCCCAGGCAGAGCCCAUGGAGGAGGCGGCACUGCGGGAGAUGCAUCCGCUGCAGGCACUGUUGCGCACGCUGCUGCCCUGGGUCAAUGCCGGCCAGGUACCGGACUAUGCAGCAGAGACAGAUGCAGCCCUGGAAGGGGGUCAGCAUGAGCCGCCUGCCGGCCCCGACGGCGCGCCGGCAGCGGCGGCCGGGCCCCCGGGGCCCCCCGGCGGGGGGACCCCGAGGGUCCCCCUGCCGGCGGCGGUGGCGGCCCAGCUGGGGGGCGACGCGCACCUGGAGGAGCAGCUUGUGGAUCUGUUUGACCGCAUGGACAAUGAGCAGCUGGCCACGCUGUUUGACAGCCUCAACGCUGUGGGCAGGGUGGACCUAGAUGGGGGUCAAGAGGGGCAGGAGCAGGCGCAGCAGGCGGAGCAGGCGGAGCAGGGGGAUAAUGGGGGCAAUGAUAGGCAAUAGCGCGACUUGUGCUGGGUUGUGGGGUGCGUUUGGAAGAGAAGGGCAGAGGGCAGGCAGAGGAGAGGGGCAAUGGGGGGUUUGACAGGUGGUAGCCCUUGUUGCUUGUGUUGGGAUUGUGUGUUGCAAUGGGGCGGUUGUGGUAUUGCUUGGUGCAGAGCGCUUCUGCGAUGCUGCAUGGUCUGGACGUUAAAAAGCCACUGCUUAAAAUCACAUCAUCACACGAUAGGCUCAAAGUAUUGAUUGUGCUUGGCCAGUUUUGCUGAUUGACACUGAUGCCCCUUGUGAAUUUCCGCGCAAGUUGCUAGAGGAGUUAAUAUACAUGACAUGACGUGAUACGUUACAGUGGUCAAGUUAACAUAUUUUCC